AUGGACACAGAAUCUCUGCAACAACAACUACAACUCAUUUACUAAACAUUUAGUCUUGAUUAAUCAACAUUCAAAUUAAUGUAGGAAAUGACAAAUAACUAUAUUUUAAAUAAUAAAACGAAUGAUUAUAUAGUCAUUCCAAGAUUGGCUUUGUGGUUGGCAUCAAAAUAAUAGCAGAUAGUUGCAAUAGACGGUUCCAUCGUCUAUGGUUCAGGGAUAUCCUUAAAUUCCAUAAUCAACGAUUGUUAAAAUAAAGGAAUCACUAAUAUAGAUCAAUUGAUUGAUGUGGCUAUUAACAUGGUUACCGAAUUAAAAGUCGAUUAAACAUGCUAAAAGACGUUAACUCUCCUGAAACAUAACAAUUAAAUCCUAAACAUGUUUUAUUAGAAAAUGGAGGCACUUUUACUCCAUUUCAAAAUGAACGAUUAAAACAUUCUCAUUAAAAAUAUCACUUGGCUCCUAUUUUUGAUUACAAAAAAAUCUUUAAAUUUACAAGACGUCGUCCAAUCUACAUGCAUUCUGAUAUCAAUCCUAACCACUAUCCUUAGUUAAUUAUUGAAUGUUUUCCCUACAACUAAUAAAAUACUAUCAGAUAUUAAGAAACAGGCUACUGGAGAAGAAGAACAAACACAUCAAAUUUAAUAAUUUCUAAUCAACUCAUUCAAAAUUUAAGAUUUGGAUUUAUUCUCCUCAAUCAAUCUAUAAGUCAAAUUGUAAUAUGCUGAAUUAAUUAAACAGAAUAUUAUUAAGUAAUUAAAGAGCAACACUGGAUUCUCCAUUUUCAUGGCCAGCAUUAUCAAUUCAAAUUAAUAUAAAUUAGAUUAAUAAUAUAAGCAGCUCCUCAAAUCAGAUGAAUUCGAUGAAAGAUUGCUUAUUCCUGAUAGAUAAAAAAAUUUAACGCCCAAGAAGUUAACUCCAAAUCUAAACACUCUAAAAUCUAAUAAUAUUAAAUAAUUGGCUAUGCAAUCCAAGUAUGAUUAAAGUAGAGAAUUAUAACCAUCAUCAUAAUAGUAAUAAUAAUAAAAUAGAUAUCAAAAACUUUUGAAUUAUGAACUUGAUACUAAAAUUACACUUACAACUAACUUAAGAGAAAUUAAAUUGCCAUAAACUGUCUUAAUGUCUCCUUAUGCUCAAUAAUCUAUCGUUGCCACUCCUAUGACUGAAGCAAUGGAGAUGUAUAAUUGGAUACAUGAAAAAUAGUAGCCCUUCAAAAAAUUGUUUAAGAAUGGAAUUCUAAAUGUUAACUAAAUGUUAUAAUAAACUCCUUAAACAUUUUAGAACCUAUAAAAUCAAACAAAAUACUUUGAUUUGAUAGACAAAACAUUUAAUGAAUGUAUUUAGUAUUGUUAAGAGAGCAAUUUAAUUGAUGAAAAUAAAUCAAAGACGAAUUAAUAUUGGACCUUAUAUGUGUUAUUACUAGACAAAUCCAAUUUUUAAAUCGAUGAAUAAAUGCUUAAGAGUUUAAUUUGCUUCAGCAUUGAAUGUGUUUAUUUUGUUUUGAACAAAUAAUCACAACUUUUAGAUCAAUUGAUGUAGAAAUGUGAAAUUCAACAUUAUCAACUUUGGAAAUGGUUAGAUUUCUUUUUAAAUCAAUUUGAUUCAAAAGUACCACAUUAACUCAAAGAACACAUACUAGAUCUUGAAGUUAAAUUCGUUUCCUAUUCCAUUUGGUCUUGCGAUAGUUAAUCUGAAUUGAUAAAAUUUCUAAAUGAAAUCCAUCUAAGCAGAUACUAAUAAAAUAAUAAUUAGAUGAAUAGACUGUUCAAAAGAGUGUUACAUUAUUGCGCAUUUCAAAUCUAAAUUAUUUGCAGUAAUCUUAAAUUGUAGGAAUAAUUUUAAGAAUAUAUUUGGAUUACUAUUAAAUAUAUCAUCAGUGAAAAGACUGACCAUUUAAGACAUCACUCAUUAGAUUAAGUAGUUUUGGCGAGUAUUUAUGCUGUAACAAAAUUAACUGGAAAUCAAUUAAAAUUUUAAUAAAUUAUUAAUGCUUAUGAAAUCACUAAUACAUGGUACUCAAAAUAAUUUAUAAAAAAGAUUGUUUGCAAUACAUAUAUUUCAAAUGACAGCAUGGGGGACAUUGUAUCCUAUUAUAACCAAAGUUUCAUUCCUUAAAUUAAAUCAUUUAUGUUACAGAUGUCGACUGAAAUCAAGUCAAACAAUGUUCCAUAAUCUCCUAUGAACAACAAGAAUCCUGCCUUGAACAAUAAGAUUUUAGAUUCACCUUUAAGGGAUAUUCUACCCAGACAAUAGACUUUUACUUCAAAUUUAUAAUCCUAACAGGCUGGCUUAAUGACCCCAUCAACAUAAUUGUUAUAUGCGUAUUAGGAAUCUCCACUCUUAAAAUAAUAGGUUAAACCAUAGUAAUUACCUGUUUCAAAAGAAAAUGUUUACAACAAUUCAAAUAUUAAUAGUAAAAUAGAUUAUAGUUAGGAGACUUAAGAUUUCAUAUUAAAAAAAUUUGAAUAAUUAAAAAAUAGUAAGAGCAAAUAGAUAAAUAGCAAAACUAGUUUUUCAAUUUUAUAAUAAGGAACCCCUAAAAUUAUGAAUAGUAGUAGAACUAAUAAUAGUGCGAUGUUACAACAUAAUUAAACUCAAAAUAGUUAAUAAUCCAAUGAACAAAACUCGACAUUUUGCAAACUUUUAAACUUUGAAUAAUAAUGA